ACGAUUCAAACUUCCGAUUCAUAAACAGGCGGCUGUUUAACGCAGACUCCAUAGAUGCCUCAGCAGCCUAAAAACCUUAAACCCACUCUCUCUCUCUCUCUCUCUCUCUCUGUUGCUGUUGCUGAAUCCACCACUGAGCGGAGGAUAAGCCUCAGGGAUCGGCAGCGAUGGCGCCGCACUCACGGUUCAAUUCGGCCGUUCAGGCCAUGAGGGAUAUUGGCAUCCCGUCGAAGACAGUGAAGCCCGUUCUCAGGAAGCUGUUGGAGCUAUACGACGAUAACUGGGCUCUAAUCGAGGAGGAAAGCUACCGAGCCUUGGCUGAUGCCAUAUUUGAGCAGCAGGAUUCUCAGAAAGAUGCCAAAAUCAAAGAGGAAGAUGACAAUGAGCGUGAGAGGGGAAAUGAUGAGUAUGAGCACGAACCACCACGGACGCGGUCGCGAUUGAGGAUUGAGGAACCUCCAUCCGCUCUUCCUUCAAGUUCAUCAUUGUCUUGCCGUGAGUCACCUUCACCAUCGAAGAGACCCAUGUUGGGGGAGGCACCGCCGCUGAGAAGGCGGUCACAGUUGAGAUUGGAGGAGCCACCAUCUUCCCCAUGUCAGUUCUCUGCUCCAAGGUUGACGUACAAUGAAGCUUCAUCAUCAAAGGAACUGGCAUUAGAGGAAGAGCCACUGAAAAGGCGGUCGCGCUUGAGAUCGGAGAAGGCCUGUGGUUCACCAGCGGUUCCUCCUCCAACCUCGCCAUAUGUGGAAGCUUCAUCGUUCAAGAGGCUGGCUUCCGAGAGUGCAGUUUCACCUCACAGUCCCGAGAUGCCAGUAUCUGUUGAUGGAGCCGCUAAUUUAAGUAGUUUUAAAAGACCGAAGAUUGAACCUUCCCAUGUCGAGCCUUUCCCGAUUUCAUCUAUUAAUGACCCAGUACGCUGCAGUCAUCCGAAUGCAAACGGAGUGCUUAAUGAUUCAGGGCAUGCGACUUCCCCACAGAGGCCAUCCUUACCUCCUGUUGAGGAUGGCAACAAUCCCGUUCAGCAUUCUAACCCUCAGAAUUUGCAGAUGCCAAAACUUGAGCCAUUCGUUGAUGAUGAUGAUUACCCAGCAGUGGGUGUUGAGGUUCCCCUUGCUGUAAUACAUCCUUCAGGUCAUGAGAGCGCUGAAGAAGAUUGUGCAAACAGGCUGGGUGAUUCAUUAGAAGCCCUUUCUACAAUUUAUGAAGAUGAUGAUGAUGAUCAUAACGAGAAUGUCCGCAAUUCAACAGUUCCUAAUAAAAAAAAGGAACAUUUGACUGAUUCUGCACCUGAGGAUAGUCUCAGUUAUGAAAUUGCAUCAACAAGCUUGGGGGAAGUGAAACUUGCUAUAUCAUGUAAUUGUUCUCAUACUAGUCAAGAUUUCCAUGUUCCAAGUCUUGAUGUAGUUAUGAAGUUGGCAGAAGAUCGUGCCUUAAAAUCCUAUAAAAUCUUUGGAUCCAGUUUCUCUAUCAUGAAGCUGAUGAAGGAAAUAUGCCAGUGCUUUUUAGAACUUGCCACUGGUGCUGGCGAGCAGCAGAAAAGAAUCACAACUGUAACUCCAGAAAUAAACAUGUCAAAAUUGAGUAAAGAUCAUAUUUUGGGUGCUAGUCAUGCAUCGCUUGAUCUUUACAGCACUCUAGAGAGGAUGCUGCCACAGAUGCCACAACAUAUUGCUCUGAAUUGUGUUAAUGGUCUGCGCCGAAGGAAAAAGGUUGACAAGAAAGACGCCAAGUAUGGCAAUGUCAAAGCAAAGAAAUUGAAACCUAUGGAGUUUAGAAGCAGCAGUGACAUAGUAAUAGCUCAAGAAAAUCAAGAUUCUUUCAGCAUUGAGAACCCUCUGCAUGAUGUCAGUGACAUAGCAAAGUGUGAAGAGAAAGUCCCUAUUCCAAUUAUAAAUGAAGUUAGCAGUGAGCCUUAUCCUCCUCAAUUUCAUUACAUCCCAAACAAUAUUGUUUACCAAAACGCAUAUGUUAAUUUUUCUCUUGCCCGCAUUGGGGACGAGGACUCCUGUUCUGGAUGUUUUGGUAAUUGUCUGUUAGGAUCCAUACCUUGUCCUUGUGCAAGAGAAACAGGUGGUGAAUAUGCUUAUACACUGGAUGGCCUUGUGAGGAAAGAGUUUUUGGAUGAAGCCAUUUCUAUAUACCGUGAGACAGACAAGCUUCAACAGUUCUUUUGCAAGGAAUGCCCCUUGGAAAAGUCAAAGCGAGAUACCUCAUGUAAGGGACACCUAGUCAGGAGGUUUAUUAAGGAGUGCUGGAGUAAAUGUGGGUGCAACAAACAAUGUGGGAAUCGCGUAGUGCAGAGAGGCAUUAUAACCAACUUGCAGGUAUUUUUUACUCCUGAAGGAAAAGGAUGGGGUCUGCGGACUUUUGAUGCUUUACCUAGAGGUGCUUUUGUGUGUGAAUAUGUUGGUGAAAUAUUAACUAAUACUGAGUUGUACAAUCGAAAUUCACAAUGCUCUGGGGAUGAAAAGCACCAUUAUCCAGUGCUAUUGGAUGCUGACUGGGGAUCUGAAGGUAUUCUGAAGGAUGAAGAAGCCCUUUGUCUAGAUGCAACACAUUAUGGAAAUGUUGCCAGGUUCAUAAAUCAUAGGAUUAUGGAAUAGAUUUUGAUGAUGCUGAGCAUCCUGUCAAGGCCUUCCAGUGCCUGUGCGGAAGCCGACAUUGCCGAAGUCCAAAGCGUCCAAGCAGUUAAUUAUUUGUGAAAAAAUUACAAAAGGGUGCUAGCGUGAAUCGCAGAUCACUGCAUAACUUUCAAAAGUUAAUGAAUAAGCGUUCAGGUUUUGGGAAAUCCUUAGGGAGCCGCCUAUGGCAGAAGUUAUUAAUUUUUAAAUAUAUUAUAAAAAAAAAACUCCUUAUCUUAGGACAAUUAUUUUUUGGGGCCAAGGGAAGCGUGGUUCUUUAUGAGGGCUAUUUAUUGUCAUUUUAAUUGAAAAUUUGAUAUUUUCAGUCAGUAGGCGGCUCAUUGAGAAUCUCUCUCUAAAGUUGGGGCGUCAGUUUGUUAACUUUUAAAAGUCGGUGAUUUGUUACUUGCCCAACUAUUAGAUGUCUUUCUAUAAUUUCUUCAUUACGUGCGCAAGAGUAUGUUUUGGUCUCAUCUUUGUGUUUGAUUUCUAACUUAUUCUUGCUUUUCUUUUGUUUGGCUUUUACAAGGGACCAGGUCUCGGGCACUAACUAUUUGAGGCAGAUGACCAUGAUCUGACAUUUCCAGGGCGCUUACAGGGAAAUGCUGACGAUUUUGUACAGGAAAAUUGUGUAUAAUUGCAGCAUGUUGCAUAUCACUUUUCUUGAAGUUCGAGGGAGUAGCAUAGUUUCUGUUCAGGAGGUUAUCACGGCUCUAUCAUGUAUCAUUUUGUAUUUACUCCAUGUUUUUGGUCGUGCUUAGUGUUGUCCUGCACAAAUCGAACUGCUUUCACCAAUCUGACUACAUGCAACAGAAAAAUCUCAACGGGGUGUUCCCUGUGUGUGUUUUGAUGCA